AGACGGCGGUCAGUUCGAAAGUGGAGGCUGUACACAUAACGGUACACUUCAGAAAAACGUCGCUGUUUCCAGCUGAAACAACGGUUUUUCGGGGACAAUCUGUAGCCCACGAUUUCUGUACAAUAUUGAUAGUGUCGACUGUCAUCAUCACUACAGCUACUCAAGUUCCUGCAAUCUCGAGCUUGUAACAGGGCACAACAUCAGGCAUGUAUGCAGGAAAGGAAAACAUAGAAACUACAAGGUCAAGCUCAAGUGUAUUGGCAGAGAUUCAUCCAAAGGAAAAUGCAAUGUUCAAGUCAGAAUCACCGAUGACAACUGAUGUCUGCAGUGACAAAGCUGAAGUCUCGGCCUUUGCUUGGCACACAGAGAGAGCCCUUCAGACACAGCGAUCUCUCUCACACCAACUAGAUACACUGGGCAACGUGGUAAAGCCAGAGCCAAAGGUUUACAAAAAUCCUGCACCUUUCAACUUUCAUCCCACCAGAGACAAACCGGGCUGUUUCAAGUUUGGUCCAAACUUUCCACCAACUAGUAAACCCAUGUAUAUGAAAGUUGAAUCUGAAAACAAUGGACACACUUUUGGGGUUCAAACACCUCUAAGCUUCUAUCAGCAAGCAACAUAUCCUUCGAGACCAAUUCCAGACUAUUACCAAAGACACUGGGACACUAUGAUGAUGGCAAAUGGACAACACACUGACAGCUUUCGUGAUCCACAAUUAAACCAGCAAAGCUGGACCUUGCCCAGUCCAUGGCAAUACCGUUUUGCAUACCACCCUCAACAAGGCUAUUUCCCAUAUAAUACGAUAAACAAUUGCUUUCCAGUAGGACAAAUGAGGUCUAGUGUUGUUGGGACAGACCAAGCAAGAGAGAGAUCACAGAUGCAGGAGAUAAAUAAGAGGGUAGGGAGCAACUUAGACCCUUUACAGUUUGCUGUGCCAUUAUCUGUCAUCCAGCAGCCUCGAAGCAUGGGCAAGGGAGAUAGUCAAACACAAAAGUGGACUGUUGUGAAGCACGAGGACACUAGUAUUGGGUCUACCAUGGAGGAAAACAUCACCCCACUGCUGAAAGAAAACAGCAUCCAUAUCAAGCAAGAAUAUACGACAACACCUAAAGAGAAGACCACUCCGCUUCUGCAAGAAAACAUUGUGCCAACUUUACAACAGAAAUCUCACUGUCCGCCUCAAGACGAGACGUUUGGCUGUAAGACUUGCGGGAAGGAGUUUAAAGUGAAGUCGCUGUAUCAGUCCCAUCUGCAAGACCACAACAAGGGUUUCACCCAGGUAGAUGACAUGUUGUACAGGUGUGACACCUGCGACCGGGAAUUUGCCACGACAACGUCCAUCCUGUACCACCUGCGCAUACAUAACAGGCUCAGGUGUCCAGACUGUAAUUUCGUUUGCUCCAAAAAGAAGGUGAUGUCCAAGCACGUGUGUCGGUCCAAGAAAACGAAGAAAGAACAGGGGUCUAAGAAAUUUAAAUCGAACACUCAGAAGCAGACCGUUGUAAAAGAGGAAUCAAAUGAGCAAGAAAAUGAGACCCAACAUCUGCAAAAAGACGCCAUCCAAACUGAAGAUGCCACCCCACAAGACACCACCCCAACUCUAACCCACCAGAAGUCUAACCCACCAGUUCAGGAACUAGAAGAGAAGUUUGCAUGUAAAACUUGUGGCAGAGAGUUUAAGGUGAAGUCCCUGUAUGACUCCCAUGUACAGGAUCAUAUGAACGGGUUCACUCAAUCCGACACUGCGACGUACAAGUGUGACACCUGUGACCGUGAAUUUGCCACCCCGACAGCCGUCAUGUACCACCUCCGAAUCCACAAGAUGCUGCGGUGCCCCGAGUGUAAUUUCUCCUGCUCUAAGAAGAAAGUGCUGGAAAGACACGUGUGUAGGUUCAAGAAAGCGAAGACAGGCCGUUGUCAGACGUGUACGGCAACCUUCCCUACCCGCUCACAGCUGAACAAACACUACGCCCAGAACAGGGACCACCUGCCUAUAGCCUGCCCAUGGGAGGACUGCACCCUCAGGUUUGAACACCCGUCCGACCUGGCGAAGCAUCAGGUGGUUCACACAGGCGAGAGCAGGUACAUCUGUGAGUACUGUGGGCAGCGGUUCAAGCACGCAAAUAACCUGAAGGUCCACAUACGCAUCCACACCGACGAGAAACCGUUCAGGUGUGACAAGUGCGACUACUCGGGAAGGCAGCAGCACGCCCUGGACUGGCACAACCGCAGCCACCAUGGUAUUCCCAUCCCCAAGAGGUCAAAGGUUGAUGAAGGUAACAGUGACAAUUCUGUCCCUGAGGGGUCAAAAGUCAAUGUCAACAGCGGUGACCUUGGCAGUCUAGUCCCUGAGGGGUCAAAAGUCAAUGUCAACAGCGACGACCUUGGCAGUCCAGUUUCUGAGGGGUCAAAAGUCAAUGUCAACAGCAGCGACCUUGGCAGUCCAGUUUCUGAGGGGUCAAAAGUCAAUGUCAACAGCAGCGACCUUGGCAGUCCAGUUAAAGUCAAACUUGAUACAGCUGCUAAUUAGUAAGUUAUGCUAAUAAGUUACUAUGGUAACCAUUUUACCAUAAUUACAGUAAACAUAAUUUAGCACAUUGUAACAGUAACUGUAACAGGAGCCUCCAUUACAACUCAGGGACCACAAAGAACAGCAGUAACUCUAAGAUUUGAAGCAGUACGGUAUUAUUUUUUAGCUGGAGAAAGGUAUUUCAAAUGUUGGUAGAAUAUAGCACUUAUACAUACAGUAUAUAUAAUCUAAUAUUUUAUUUACAUGUCUGUUAAAAAAUAUUUGGCUUCUCUUUUAAAACAACAUGUAAACUAGAAAGUAUGCCAGAAAUCCUUGGCUUCUGACAACAGUCAUGGAAUGUUAACAUGUUUUACUGUAGCACUAACACGUUAGCUUGGUUUUGCAGUUUUAUUUUUGAUCUUGUUCGCUUUCUUAGCCUUUUAGAUCUUACCCUGUAAUAAUACAUAGAUUUAUACAUAAAACUGUUUUUGCACGAAAUCCUAUACUAUUUAUACAGAUGCCCUGUUUCUAUUAAUAUUUAUCACAUUACUUGUUCAUUAGAAUAUUAAGCAAGUGUUUUCAAAGACACUAAAAGAAUUCAUGAAGUUGAUUUUGUUUGAAGUCACCAUGGUAAUCUUCCCUCUAU